UAUCAAUGGAAAGAUAUAGAUACAUUUGCCUUUUCAAAUGUACCUUUGCUUAAUCCUUCCAAAGUUCAUAGAUAUUAUUCUCAUUUCCUGACCUAGUGACUUUUAAAAAUGGCGAGCAAGCAGAAAGUAUCUCGCCACGAGAAGAAAAUGCCAAACGUGGUUAAGGCCAAGAAAAAUCCUUCCGCCAUAAUUUCCGUCCUCUGCCCUGAUAUCGAGAAAGCGAAGAAAGAAACCAAGCCCACGACAGGAGAGGCCAAGGAAUGUCCCCGAACUCAAGGUUAUAAGCCCCCGGCCGAUAAGCGGACGUACCUAGAACAAGCAGUGGUGCCCAUUCUGAUGGAAGGUAUGCUGGGAUUAGCUCGCGAAAUGCCCCGCGAUCCCCUUGGUUACUUGGAGAAGUUCUGGCUUCAGGACAAGCACAAGUGCGACAUCGAAUUGCCGCAGAAUUUGCUUUGAUUUAUUAUUAUCAGUGCAACCCAAUAAAAUUUUAAAUUAUCAGCUG